UAAAUUGGAAAUUUAAGUUACCAUUGAUGGCAACCAACAAAUAUUCGGCACCGAAAGUAUGGAAGAGACCGUAUACUAGUAUUUAUAACAAUAAUUACAAGUAUGGAAACUCUCUCUACUCCGAUGCCAUUGAAAAUAUCGACAAAAAAUAUAAUGAAGCCAUGGCUCGGACCAGUUUGGCAGUCGAUAGACCAGACCUUAAUUUGUCCACUUUCUCCGAUAGUCAACUAUCAGGUGAGUCAUCAGUGAUUCCAAAGGAACGAUCAUUGGCUUCGACAAUAACUGUUGAAGACACACACAAUUCGGAUCGGAUACGACUUUUUAGUCCAAUUCAAAGCAAAUUUGAUGCAACUUCAAGAAGAUUACAACAUUCAGAUUCACUUAACAGUCAUUCAAAACCAUUAAUCAAUAAUGGAUUAGACUUUGAGGACAAAAGAUUAAAAAGAAGUCAUUCAGUCAAAACAAGUCAAAGAAGAAAUUUUGAAAAUAUGGUUGACUUGAUUGCCAUCACUGCUGUCGAUGAGACACUCAUUGAUAAUAAUGACGGACAACCAGAUCAGGCAUUUUGGACGGAAAGAUGGUAUAAAAACUCCGUCAGAAGUGUCUCACAUAAUCUCUAUUCAAAGGGUUUAAUGACAGCCCUAACAGUUUGA